UUCUUUUUGAGUGUAUAUUUGUGUUUUAUGGAAUGAAUACGUUUUUGUAAAUGUGAGGUGUCUGGGAGUGCACAUGUGUGGUGUUUACUUUGGAUGGGUCUGUGUCUGAUAGGUGUAUAUAUGGUGUAUGAAACAAGUGGAUGAAAAGAUGUGUAUGUAGGAGUGGGUAGAUUUGUGUAUGUGGUUAGGUAUGAAAAUUCUAUUGUGUAAGGAAGGGUAUGUGGGCAUGAUGAGUCAAAAUGUGUUUGUCGUAAUCGAUGCGUAUGGUGGACAGAAGUCUUCAAAGUCCUUUUUCCAAAUGCACUGUGCUGUACUCUCCCGUGAGGGAGUGGGUCCUUCUCAGAAGGUCCAUAUAUCACAUCCCUGUCAACUGCAUUUCCCUGGAUACUGAGCUGUAACUUUCAAAGCAACAGAAACAAAACUUCUGAAGAUCCGCCUUUCUCCCUUCCUUAUUGGAUAAUGUAAAUCAGAGCUUUUUAAGACCAGCUAUGUCUGUUGUCUGUUUGUAUGAGUUAACUGGGCAAUGGAGCACGGAUUAGUAACUGAAAGAGGCAUGCUUUAUUUCUAGCUCUCCUUCCGUAUCUCUCUCAGUAGAUAAGUGAGGCAGGUUCUUAUUAGCUACAUUUGACAGUUCCCUUUGCAACAUUUAUUAACUAACUUAUUUCAAUCUGGACCUCCCACAUUUAGGAUUUGGAAAUUUGAUAGCAGUUUUUAUUUAUUUAUGAGCCUCAUUCUCUCUUUUGCUGUUAUCUUUAGCACUAAUCUCUUUAUUUACUGUUGGGGAGAAGGAAUAUUUAUUGUAUUAAUUUCCUUAGUGGAGGAGACUUUGCAUAUUUUUUGGCUUAUAUUUAUGUCCCCCUCCUCCCCCCAAACAAACACAUAUGCAUGAAAAAUGCCAUGGCUGUUGUAGCAACUAAACUCUUAAAACUAGGUAAUUUGUCAAUAGGCUAUUGGUGUGCAUUUGUGUGUCUUUUAUUUCCAGCAGCAAGAUGCUACUAGACACAGAGACGAGGAAAGCCAGCAUCCUAGCCUCGCUCCAGGCUCUGGGGAAAGAUUCUGCAAAUGGGAGAAACAGGAGGAAUCACAGAAGAAAGCUAAUCUCUGAUCCGAGUCCUGCUGUGUGUGGCUGCCUUCCCCCUGGGAAACUUCUGCAUGGAUCCAAAUUCACUGAUGGAAUCCUCCAAAGGGGAAAUCUCACAGGAUCACUGACUCUGGAAAGGGUGAAACUGACAAAAGCAAAGUUGGGGAAAAAGUUCAGAAUUCCUAAAGGCAAAGGAGACAGCAGAUGUGCACUUUCCCAGUCUCUGCAGCACAUCAUGUCCUCUGCCCAAGAAGACCAGGCAUGCUUUAAGCCAAAUCUUCUGUUCAGAUUUCAGAAAGCUGCUAAAAGCAUUGUUAUGCUUUGCUUACUUUACAAAGAGCACCAUCUACUAGCCAACCUCAACUAUGAGAUUGAGAGAGUCAAGAGAUGGAAAUCCCAAUCAAACCACAUGGAACAGUCUAGGGAAGAUAUCCUCUUUGAUGUGACACUAUUCAGGGCUAAAAAACAGUCAAGGAUUUCUGAGCGUGCCAUACAUAUUCUUCGUCAGUGUCCUCAGGAGCGAAGUGAGAAGGACAUCCGCUACAUACUCGUUACCCUGCAGCCCAUGAAGGCCUUUGGAAAUUACUCCACAAUGAUUCAGAAGAAGGUGGCAAAGGCUGCAUGGUAUUCAAGGUAUGAAUCCUGCCAAGUGAUGAUCCAACAGGGCUACACACCACACUCCUUCUAUAUCUGUCUCUCAGGAUCUGCAACAGUUAUCAAGAGGAACAGUGACAGUGGCCAAGUAAAGCCUGCCUGGUUCUUUAGUCGAGGGGAUGCAUUUGGGGAUAGAGAGAUUAUAAAUGGUGACUACUGGCAGACAACAGUUAUUAUUCAGGAACCAGCUGAGUUUCUCUGUAUUGACCGAGAGGAUUUCAUCAAGAUUUUCCUGUCUGGUGGGAAAAACGUGUUUGGAGAUCCUGAGCAGAUGCAGUUUCUGAGAAGUCUGCACUGUUUUAAAGGUUGGCCCAUCAAUCUGCUGGAAGACAAUCCUGGAAAAUGCAUUGUCUGUCACUACAGAAGAGGAACUGUCAUUCUGAGAAACAGUAAUGUGACUGAAUGGAUUUACAUUGUGAAAGAAGGAAGUUGUUCUGUACUGAAGAUUUUUCAAGAUGACUCUUGCCUAAGCAACAGAGCUCCCGCCAACAGAAUAAUGCAAGCUGAAGCUGGCAUUCACCAAUCUUUGUUGACAAGCAGGACAGACACUCCUGUGACCAUUGCCCUAGACACCUUGCCGCGGGGAUCUGUGUUUGGACUGUUAGACUUUCUUUUUGAGGAUCAGCCAAAUUUGUGUGUAGUUAGCAAUGGAGCUGAGUGUCUUAAGAUCUCAAAGAAGUUUUACCUGCAUCAUGCCUCCAAAGAUCUUCUGCAGAGGCUGCGAAAAAAAGAACAUUCCUAUCCCAGUGAGGCAGAGCUAAAGGAACAGCUGCAGCAGGAGAUACAAUGGCAAAUUUUUCGCAAAGCAGCUUUAAAGAGCACAGUUCAACAGAUUGAAUUGAAACGCAAACUGCUUCAGCAUUCCUAUAUGAGUAAAGGGCUUUACACAUGGUGUAAGAACUGACGUGUGCACAAAUUUCUGUCAACAGUGAAGCUAUAAGGUACAGGUCAGUACCCACUAAAGCGGCUAAAAGGUCCAUCUACAGACCACAAAAAUCUUGUGAAAGAUGGCGGUAUUAAAUCAGGCCUGUAGUUUCUUCGUUUUUAGGGUAGGCUACAAUGGUGAAAACUUUCAGGGAACUGUCUUUCCCUGUAUUUCUUAAAUCAUUAAAAACACUCUUUCCUUCAUGUUAACUCCCUCUAUGACAGACAUCUGGUUUUGAAUGAUUGGUACACACGCUCCAUUGGUAUCUGUACCAUUCUUCUACCCAACUCCUAUCAACAAGUGAAGGAGCAUGAAGUAAGUUUCUUCUAGAUAAUUAAUACCCCCUGGCUGGGAGUAUCAUAGCAGCUAUUAUCUACUGAUGGUACGCAUUUCAGUAUGAUUGAUUGGAUUAAAAAUGACACUGCUUCUUGCUGAUGCUAACAAUAGCGGAGUUAGGCCUUGUCUACACUACGAAAUUAGGUCGAUUUUAUAGAAGUCGAUUGUUAGAAACCGAUUUUAUACAGUCGAUUGCGUAUGUCCCCACUAAGCACAUUAAGUCGGUGGAGUGCAUCCUCACUACCGUGGCUAGCAUUGACUUACAGAGCGGUGCACUGUGGGUAGCUAUCCCACAGUUCCCGCAGUCUCCGCUGCUUAUUGGAAUUCUGGAUUAAGCUCCUACUGCCUGAUCGGGCAAAAACAUUGUCACGGGUGGUUUUGGGUACAUGUUGUCAAGUGCCCCCCCCCCCCAGUGAAAGCAACAGCAGACAAUCGUUUUGCGCCUUUUUUUCUGGGUUACCCGUGCAGACACCAUACCAUGGCAAGCAUGGAGCCCACUCAGAUCACUGUCACCGUAUAUCUCCUGGGUGCUGCUGGCAGACGCGAUAAUGCAUUGCUACACAGCAGCAGCUCGUUGCCUUCACGGCAGACGGUGCAGUAGUACUGAUAACCAUCAUACACCUCCUGGGUGCUCAUGGCAGACCUCAGUGAGGUUGAUCAGGGCGCCUGGACAGACCUGGCUAUCCUCCUCUUAGAGCAUCAAAAGGGAGCCCGAGACUCCAGGUUAUUCUCUUCUUUAAGUUUCUUCUCAUGGAGAUUCAGUCCUGGCUGGAAUAUCAUGCGAGCUGGAGGCUUAUGCCUCAGACUGCUCUCCCAGCUGAGAGCAUCGCGCGGUUGCACCUACCCCAGCCUGCCCCUUGUUCCCAUGGCUCAUGAAGUCUGGACAGUAGUAAGCAGCAGUUCAACUAUAGGCUGAGCAAGUGCAGAAUGGUGGUAGAAUGCGCCUUUGGACAUUUAAAAGCUCGCUGGCACUGUUUGUUGACUAGGUCCGACCUCAACGCAACCAACUUCCCAUUGUUAUUGCUGCUUGCUCCAUAAUAUCUGUGAGAGUAAGGGGGAGAUGUUUAUGGCGGGGUGGGAGGUUGAGGCAAAUCGCCUGGUGUCCGAUUUUGAGCAGCCAGACACCAGGACGAUUAGAAGAGCACAGCAAGGUGUGCUGUGCAUCAGAGGCUUUGAAAACCAGUUUCAUGACUGGCCAGGCUUCGGUGUGACAGUUGUGUGUGUUUCUCCUUGAUGCAAACCUGCCCCCUUUGCUGAUCUUAAUUCCCUGUAAGCCAACCACCCUCCCCCCUUUGAAAUAAAGUAACUAUUGUUUUGAAACCAUGCAUUCUUUCUUUAUUAAUUUAAAAAAAAAAAAAAAGAUAACUGACAGGGUAGCCUGGAUGGGGUGGGGAGGAGGGAAGGACGAGGCCACAUGGCUUAUUGUAGCCACACUAAAAAUCAAACUGUUUGAAUGACAGCUUUCUGUUGCUUGGGCUAUCCUCUGGAGUGGAGUGGCUGGGUGCCUGGAGCCUCCCCCACGUUCUUGGGCAUCUGGGUGAGGAGGCUAUGGAACAUGAGGAGGAGGGUAGGCGGUUAUAUAGUGGAUGCAGUGGGGGUCUGUGCUCUUGUUGGCUUUCCUGCAGCUUCAACAGGUGCAUCAUCAUGUCCAUUUGCUCCCCCAUUAGCCUCAGCAUCGCAUCCUGUGUCUGCUCUUCAUGUUCACUUAAUUCUUUCCUGGCCUCUGCCCCUGAAUGCCUCUAUGCAUUAAGCUGUGCCCCAUCAGUGCGGGAGGACUGCAUAAGCUAGGAAAACAUGUCAUCAUGAGUGUGGUUUUUUUCGCCUUCUAAUCUGCGAUAACCUCAGGGACGGAGAUGAUAGGGGAAGCAUAGAAACAUUCUACAAUUCUGGGGGGACUGCAUGAUCACCAGUGCUGCUGAGUUGCCACGUUGACCAAACAGGAAAUGAAAUUCAAAAGUUCCCAGGGCUUUUUCUGUGUACCUGGCUAGUGCAUCAGAGUUCAAAGUGCUGCCCAGAGCAGUCACAAUGGAGCACUCUGGGAUAGUUCCUGCAGGCCAGUACCGUUGAUUUGCGUCCACACUACCCCAAAUUCAACCCAGCAAGUUUGAUUUUAGUGCUACUCCCCUCAUCGGGGAGGAGUACAGAAGUUGAUUUAAGAGCCCUUUAGGUCGACAGACCGGGGUUGAUUGUGUGGACACAGUCAUUUUUAAAUCUACCUAACGUGGCUAAAUUUGACCUAACCCCGUAGCGUAGACCAGGCCUUAGACUUGUGUGGUAUCCCUUGUACAAAAAGGCUACUACUCCAUUGGGGAGAGAAAUCAGGAAAAAACCCUACAGGAAAGGGUCAGAAUAUUUGCUGCAGGAAAAAAUAGUGCAUGAAAAAUGCAGAAUUUGCUGUAGUGAAAAGCAGAAGAAUACUAUUUUAAACACUUUGAAGUUGAAUCCGAGGUUGUAGAAUUCUGUAGUCUAUAUGAACAAACAGGCUGACAGCCUUGGAAGAAACAGUGAAGAAGCUGCUAUCGUGUUGUCACCACCCUGGGUUUUACCUUUAAAAUAAACUGCCUUAAGGUACAACUGAAAAGGUUAAUUAUUUCUUUUACUGUUAGCUGAUUGUUUUACAUUUUCAAACAUGUCAAAAUCAUGCGUUAGUGUAUGUAAUUUAAUUGAAUCAGAAGUAUAUUCUGAGCUCCAGUUACUUGUUUACUUAAAACAAACAUUCACUUUCGUUGGCAACUGUGUUUAUAAUUAUGUAUUUAAAAUAUUGUAAAAUGCCUGUUUUCUAUCCUUGGACUCAAAUCUGUUAGGACUGCUUUCCUCCUGUGGUAUUAGAGUGCAUAAUUUCAAGAAAAUAUCCUUACUUGAUGGUUCAGUCUAGGAGAGAAGGGAUGAGUGGCAUGUUACUGAUUUUAUUUGAAUCUUCUGUUAAGAAAACUGAUAAAAUGCUGCUUCUACAUUUGAAAUAUUUAAAGU